UCUCUGGCUGGCCUGGUGGCUCAGAUCUGGGAGCAGAUUAAGCUAAUAAAGGCCUCCCCUUUUAUUCCCAGGGACACAUGGAAGCUGUCCGUCCACCAGCGGAGGAUCAGCUGAGCCCUGGGGCUGCUGCUUGCCCGCAGUGCUGAAAAUGGCACUAAGGCCCAGUCCGACACCAAUGCAAAGUUAAGCUGAGACUUUUCCUGCACAGUGAUCCUGAUGUCUGUUCUGAGCCGUGCACUCAAGGCUGUGAUAACAGGUCCCAGUUGGCAGCAUGGCUUCUGCCGAGCCCCUGACAGCGCUGUCCCGCUGGUACCUGUACGCUAUCCACGGCUACUUCUGCGAAGUGAUGUUCACUGCGGCCUGGGAGUUCGUGGUGAAUUUUAACUGGAAGUUCCCGGGCGUCACUAGCGUGUGGGCCCUGUUCAUCUACGGCACGUCCAUCCUCAUCGUGGAGCGCAUGUACCUGCGCCUUCGGGGCCGCUGCCCGCUGCUGGUGCGCUGCCUCAUCUACACGCUCUGGACCUACCUGUGGGAGUUCACCACCGGCUCUCUGCGCCAGUUCAACGCCUCCCUGGACACUACCCAGUUCGACUUUGACUUCAUGGGCCUCAUCACCCUGGAGUACGCCGUGCCCUGGUUCUGCGGAGCCCUCAUCAUGGAGCAGUUCAUCAUCCGCAACACCCUCCGCCUGCGCUUUGACAAGGACGCGGAGCCGGGAGAGCCUAGUGCCCCCCCGGCCCUGGCCAAUGGCCAUGUCAAGACUGACUGA